AUGGGUUGCACGUCAUCCCUACCAGAUAGAAAUCCAAGAAGGCUUGGAAUAGCCAAUUUAGAGAAUCAUGAAGGUCAGGACUCCAAGAAUCUACGUGUGAAGCUUGUUCUGUUAGGUGAUUCUGGUGUUGGUAAAAGCUGUAUCGUUCUUCGAUUUGUUCGGGGUCAGUUUGAUCCAGCAUCCAAGGUAACUGUGGGAGCUUCGUUUUUGUCACAAACAAUAGCUUUGCAAGACUCUACAACAGUCAGGUUUGAAAUAUGGGAUACUGCUGGUCAAGAAAGGUAUGCUGCGCUGGCACCGUUAUAUUAUCGCGGCGCAGCAGUUGCGGUUAUUGUCUACGACAUAACAAGACCAGAAUCUUUCUACAAAGCACAGUACUGGGUUAAGGAGUUACAAAAGCAUGGGAGCCCUGAUAUAAUUAUGGCCUUAGUUGGUAAUAAAGCCGAUCUUCAAGAGAAACGGGAGGUGCCUGUCCAGGAUGCCCUGGAGUAUGCAGAGAAGAAUGGAAUGUUCUUUAUCGAGACAUCUGCAAAGACCGCAGAUAAUAUAAAUGAACUUUUUGAGGACAUUGUUGAUUAUUCUACUUGCAAGCCUCCCAUCAUGUUGCAGCCUGAAGAUCGUCAUAACAAAGUCAGAUAUAGCUGUUGGAGGACCUAAAGAUGAUAUUGGAUAAGUAUCUCAUCCAACGAAGAUCUAGCAUUUGACUCUUUUCUGACUAAGGGAAGUCAGAGCUUGUUGGCUGUUCUUCCCUGGGAAUCUUGUCUGCCAAGACAAAUAACCAAACCAAUCGGCAAUGUGGAAACUCAAACAAGGUUUAAGGUCAGAGAAAGGGAAUCGGAAAAUCCGAAGCUCAUGUAUCUGUUCAGUUAAAUUGCAACAUGAAGAGAAGUUGAAG